UGCGAUGUGUUAAGUCUUUCACUUAUUUUCUAUGAUUGUAUUCAAUAUUUAAUGUGUUUUUGUUGUUGCAGUGAUUAUAUUGUGUGUAUUGUUUGUACUUAUGUUUGACUAAUUGUAUGGAAGAAAAUGAAAAUGAAAUCAAUUGAAUGACUGAAUGAAAAGCAGAGAAAAGUGAAAAUCGCGGCCAGAGAUUGAUUAAAAUGAAUCAAUGGAUGAAUAGAGAGAUGUUUUAUAUGACAGAGAGUUAUAGAGAGGACAUGGAGAGGGUGGGUGAGUAUAUGAGUCAGUGAGUGACUGAGUUAGAGAGAGAGAGAGAGAGAGAGAGAGAGAGAGAGAGAGAGAGAGAGUAUGUUGUUAAACGAGGCGAAAAUACAUGAUGUGUAUGAGAAACACAACUAAAUUAAUUUUGAGUGUAUUGUAGGAAAUGUUGGUAUAUAUUGAGCGCAUGUCUUACUGAUGCUGUGUUUGCCAACAACUGGCAGCAAAAGUGGUGUAACUCUUCAUGAGUUGAUAGCUGUUGUACAGUAUAUGUAGUUUAGUGUUGUUGUUGUGUUGAGAGCUGUGCUUCAAACGGCAAUGUGAUGUUGGUUUGAAAUUUUCGAGUGCAUCUCCCGUUCCCAUUGAAUGUUGUGGUGCUGUGAUGUGGCAAUUGUUGCGCUCAUGAGCUUAAACUAAGUCUUAAGUACUAAGAAUCACAAGAAUCGAGAGUUUGUUUUCUCAUACAAACUGUGUGUUUGGACUCUAAGCUCACACAUCAUGUCAUACAUUGCUGGUUAGGGAUUAGCUCUCAUUCAUACACUUGGAGUUUAUGGGAGAAGUGUUUCUGUAUUACAUUUGCGAUAAAUACUAAGAAAAUUAUUAACAACGAAUAAAUACCUAAAAAAUAAGUUAAAUACAUAUAUAUACCAAUAGUUUCAUUAUAUUGAGUGAAACAAACAAAUAAAUGUCGCAACAAAUGAAAGCAAACAACAGGUGCCGACCGUAUAAGAAAAAUAAUAAUAAUAAUAAUCCCUCUUUUGCCACAAAUAAUAUUAUUAAUAGUAGUAGUAAUGGUCAUAAUUGCAAUACAAGUGAUGCCAUUAAUAAGGAAACUAAGGACCUGAUAGUGGCAGCGGCAGCACAAUUACUAUUGGGUCACCAAAGCCCACACCAGUCAGUCACCGGUGCUAUCACUAGUGCCAUAAACUCUUGUGGACAGACAUGCAAUAACUGUUCAAUGGCUGAGACAAUAUUGAGAGCCACUCAACAAAUCCCGUGCCAUCACCCGAUUCAGAUGAAACCGGCCGACACUGACAAUAGAAACAAUAAAGAUCAGCGCAAAAACAAACAUUCAUUAUUACCACACGUUUGGACACAUAAUACUAACCCAUUGUCCACUUCAUUGGUGACCAAUCCAUACAUGACUUUAGCGGCAUUGACUAAUGCAGCCCAACAGCAGCAACAACAACAACAAUUGGCCACAACUUUAGCACUAAAGCAACACUGUUUGGCAACUGAUCUGUCACUGGCCUCAGCCCUAAGUAAUCCAACAAUUUUGAUGGCUCUCACAAAUUCUUCGCCUCAAACAACACAAUCACUUGCAUUGGGUUCACAUUUCAAUACACAAACAUUAACGGGUGUCCAACAUUUGGCCUCAACAUUGCCGUCGGCAAACAUUACAACAAAUACAAACAAACAGAUUGAAGGUCCCGAAGGCGCCAAUCUUUUUAUAUAUCAUUUGCCGCCUGAAUUUACUGACAAUGAUUUAAUCGCUACUUUCUCUCCCUUUGGAAAUGUAAUUUCAGCCAAAGUUUUUAUCGACAAAAACUCUAAUCUUAGCAAAUGUUUUGGAUUUGUAUCGUAUGACAACCAAAUGUCGGCCCAAACAGCCAUUCAAACGAUGCAUGGAUUUCAGAUCCGAAAUAAAAGACUUAAAGUUCAGCUCAAGAAGACUAGAGAUAAACCAUAUUAAUUGGUAUUAACAGUCAAUAUCUUAGAGUACAACCAAUUUGUUUUCAUUAAGUCGGAUACACAACAAACAAAAAAUCGGUAAAAUUGUUGAUUUAAUCAAAUAUAAUUCAUGUCAUGUCUCCUCAAUGUCUGCCUAUUCUUACAUUAUUUUUUGGACUUUUUUGGAUAUUAAUAUUUAAGUCCUUUUUCUGUACUUUAUUUAUGUGUUAUUAUUUGGAGGCAACUCUUCAUAUAUUUAUC